GACGUCACAUGUAAACAGCGUCUAACCCCCAAUGGCCGCCUAACCUCAGCUGAGCAGCAAUGUUACAAAUUAAAAAGCGCAUGAGGUACAGCCCGUUGGGUCUGGCUGCAGCUCGGCUGCUCUCCUCAGGCUCCACCAAGAAGCCCACCGUGUUUCUGGACAUCGAGGCCGACGCUGAACCUCUUGGGAGAGUCAUCAUUGAGCUCAAUGCGGAUGUAGUGCCAAAGACUGCAGAAAACUUCAGAGCCUUGUGCACAGGAGAACAUGGCUUUGGAUACAGAGGCUGCAGGUUUCACAGGAUCAUCCCUGAAUUCAUGUGCCAGGGAGGAGACUUCACAAAUAACGACGGCACAGGGGGAAAAUCUAUUUAUGGAAAAACAUUCAAAGAUGAGAACUUCACUUUAAAACACACUGGUCCAGGAAUCCUUUCAAUGGCAAACUCAGGGCCUCACACAAACGGAUCCCAGUUCUUCAUCUGUACGGCUAAAACUGAAUGGCUGGAUGGUAAACAUGUGGUCUUCGGGCAGGUGAAGGACGGAAUAGAUGUGGUCAUGAAGAUGCAGACCUUUGGUCUGCAUGAUGGAGGUGUGCUAAAGACAAUAGUCAUCACUGAUUGUGGAGAGAUCAAAUAGCAACCAAAGUCUUUCCUUGGAUGCUUUAUUAUGCAACACUUAUAUUUUUUCUAUUUAUGAUCCUUUAAUUCAGGUUUUUUUU